UUCGCUUUAAAUAUGCAAAGACACCAGCCGUCUCUGACGCUCUUCAUGUGCACGUUUGAAUAGUUUACGAUUAUUUGUAUCAAUCAGCGUCUCAAAACAAACUCACCUCCACGAGCCGGUGCUUUAUCGUAACGUGACUUCAGCGUGUUGCGUGAUUCAAAGCCGAUGCGCGGAUCUACGCGGACAGACACGCUGUGCACUGACACAUAGUUGUUACAGGUUUCAAGUAUCCACUUCCCAGACGGACCAAACAGAGCUGACAUUUAUCAUCGAUGUAUAAAUGCUCCAGAACGCAUGCGACUGUUGAGGGUCCAGAUCAAAGCGAGCACUGACCCAAAAUCGCAGGUCAACAGGCAGGUAUCCACGAGGACCGUCUGAGAAACAGGACAGAGAUGGAAGCAGUGAAUCGUGCGGGUAUACCUUACACACUAUGGGUGUGGCAGAUCCCCGCUUAGAGAAUAAACCCUUGUGUUUGUGUGCAAGUCUUUAAUCUCGCCCGUUGGGUAUUGCCAUUCAACAAUGGGCCAUAUCCUGGAUUUACCUUCACCUGGUGCAACUGUUUAUCGUCUGCUGAUGGUCCUGUGUCUCUUCAAAACCAGCAUGUGCAUCCACAUGGACGCGGUCGGCAGUCACAGCAUGUUCACCUGUGAGUCCAUUGGCCUUCGGAUGUGCCAAGAUCUUCCCUACAAUACCACCUUCAUGCCGAACCUUCUGAACCAUUACGACCAGCAGACCGCCGCUUUAGCCAUGGAGCCCUUCCACCCCAUGGUUAACCUGCAGUGUUCUCCGGACCUCAGGCCCUUUCUGUGCGCUCUUUAUGCCCCGGUGUGUAUGGAGUACGGCCGUGUGUCUCUGCCCUGCCGUGGCCUCUGCAUCCGUGCCAAAAGAGACUGUCAGAAACUCAUGGAUAUGUUUGAUGUCACCUGGCCGGAGGAGAUGGAGUGCAGCAGAUUUCCAAACUGUGACGAGUCUUACCCUCGCGUCGAGGACCUGCUCACGGUUGAUGACCCCACCGACCAAUCGCCCAUGUCUGUUCAGCGCGACUAUGGUUUCUGGUGUCCCCGCGAACUGAAAGUCGAACCCGAGCUGGGCUACAAAUUCCUUGGUGUGCGCGACUGCUCCCCUCCCUGUCCCAACAUGUACUUCAGUCGCGAGGACCUCGCCUUCGCCCGCUACUUCAUCGGCGUGGUGUCCAUCGUCUGCCUCUCCGCCACGCUCUUCACCUUUCUCACCUUCCUCAUCGACGUCACGCGCUUCCGCUACCCGGAGCGGCCCAUCAUCUUCUACGCCGUCUGCUACAUGAUGGUGUCGCUGGUCUUCUUCCUGGGCUUCCUGCUGGAAGACCGCGUGGCGUGUAACGCCGCCAACGCCGCUCAGUACAAAACCUCCACCGUCACCCAAGGCUCGCAUAACAAGGUCUGCACGCUGCUCUUCAUGGUUCUCUACUUCUUCACCAUGGCGGGCAGCGUGUGGUGGGUCAUCCUGACCAUCACCUGGUUCCUGGCCGCCGUGCCCAAAUGGGGCAGUGAAGCCAUCGAGAAGAAGGCCCUGCUCUUUCACGCCAGCGCGUGGGGAAUCCCGGGCUUGCUGACCGUAACCCUGCUGGCUAUGAACAAAAUUGAAGGUGACAACAUCAGCGGCGUGUGUUUUGUUGGGCUGUACGACGUUCACGCUCUUCGCUGGUUCGUGCUGGCGCCGUUGUGUCUGGACGUUCUGGUGGGAGUGUCGCUGCUGUUGGUCGGGAUCGUGGCGUUGAACAGGGUCCGAAUGGAGAUCCCUCUGGAGAAGGAGAACCAGGACAAGCUGAUGAAGUUCAUGAUCCGGAUCGGCGUGUUCUCGGUGUUGUAUCUGGUUCCUCUGCUGACCGUGGUGGGGUGUUACCUGUACGAACAGACCUACCGUACAGACUGGGAGGUGACGUGGGUGCAGGAGCACUGUCGAGAAUAUCACAUCCCCUGUCCCUAUCAGGUGGAACAAACCAGUAGGCCUGACCUCGUCCUCUUUCUGAUGAAAUACAUCAUGUUACUGGUGGUUGGCAUCCCAUCAGUGUUCUGGGUGGGCAGUAAGAAGACCUGUUUCGAGUGGGCCGGUUUCUUCCACGGCCGGAGACGUAAAGACAGCGGUGCGGUGAACGAGAGCCGUCAGGUCCUUCAGGAACCAGACUUUGCUCAAUCCCUGCUGCUGCGUGACCCCAACACGCCCAUCAUCAGAAAGUCCCGCGGCACCUCCACCCAGGGCACGUCCACCCACGCCUCCUCCACCCAUCUGGCCACGCUGGACGACGUGAGGAGUAAAGCCAGCAGCGUCCACAGCAAGAUGAGCAGCUAUCACGGGAGCCUGCACCGCUCCAGAGACGACAGGCACACCCCCUCCAGCCACAGAGGCGCGGAGGAACGCCUGCUUUAUGGGAGCACGCCGCGACUCAACGAGCAGCUGACCCGCCACGAAAGCCUCCAUCGACUCGACGGCCAAUCACGACACGGCAGCACGCGGGACUUGAGCAAUGCUCCGCCCACUAACAUCACACGUGCAUCAAGUACAAACCGUGUGGAGGAGGAGGAUGGAGCUUCCGCCUAGCUUUGAGAAGGAAGGCUGAUGGUUCAGCUGUUGUCUUACGUGAUGGGUCACGGCUUCCCGGAGCCGGAAGAUUUUGCAAAACCUCGCCGACUGAGGCUUAAUGCAUGUGUGUAGACAAGGGAGUUGUCGUGAGGAUUUGGUCCAUUAGCGUCGCACACUAAGUGUACUUGAGUAACGAGAUCUGUUUUCUUUGAUACGGGGAAGUUUGGAGAGAUUGCCGGGCAUGUAAGGUGAUGAGGUAGCGCUGCUCUGCCUCCAGCCACGUCAUGCUGAGGACCUUAAAGCUCGACACGGAAAAGUCACUAAACAAUCCUGUUACAUCCAUCACUCGAGCUUUUUUGAUGUGACACGGUUCAGAAGACUGAUGUCUCAUUAAAUAUCAGAUUUCACGAGCCUGAAAGUCAUGAUGGGUAAUAAGAGUCUAAGCAGCCUCUGGCGAGCUAUACUUCAUUCUGACAAAGACUUUGGUCAAAUGUUGACUCAUCAGAAGUACUUUAUGCUCCUCACAGAGACCUGAUGUGAUUUGUCCAGCCGUCUCCGUGAUGGCGGCCUACCUCAUCAGAUCAUCGGCUUUAUAUUCAACCUAAAGGGACAGUUCACCUGAAAAUGGAAAUUCUUUCAUCAUUUAUUCACCCUCACGUCAUUCCUAACCUGUAUGACUUUGUCUCUUCUGCAGAACACAAAAGAAGAUAUUUUGAAGAAUGUUGGGUACCAAACAACUUUGACCCCAAUUGACUUCCAUUGUAUGAACACAAAACCACCUUUUGUUUUGCACAGAAUAAUGACUCAUAUACAGUUUUAAACAAGGAUGAGGGUGAAUAAAUGAUGACAGAAUGUUUAUUUUGGGGUGAACUAUCCCCUCCUGUUGUUGACUGUUUCUCACGUGUACAGAAGUCUUACGCAGGAUUCUUUGUGAUUGGUGCUUUCGUCUGAUGUCAUUCUACACUUUGCUUCGGGCUAAUGCUGUGUUUUUGCAUCCAAAGCUUGUGAAAACGGUUUGAAAUGCUCAAAAUGUGUCUCAACACUUCAGGCAUCAUUCAUGAAACACAAACGAGGCUCAUUUCUGUUCAAUGCAUUUUUAUUUUCCGGUGCCUUGAAUGCAACUGUUUACAUGACGCUUCAUUGAACUAUUUACACAGUUUCGCUCCACUUGUGUUUGUCUACAUUUAUCUAACAGAAAAUGUGUAAAUAAAUACAUGCAAAUAAUCGUUUACUUUUAAGGAGAUUUCUGUGGUUCUCAAUGCCUGAAUGUGUGACUUUUGUGAUGCUUUUGAAUAGCUGUUCCUCCUUCUGCUGUACCGUUUGCCUUUGCUCUCUCUAGCACACUUGAUCUUCAUGUUGAAUUCAUCUUGUGAACUUACUAGAAUGCCGCCUUCAGAUGAGAAAAUACAGAGCACUUUAACUGUGGCUAUCUGUUGAAUGUAUAACCUUAAAGACAUUAUAUCCAGCUUUAUCAUCAUGCCUGAUUUCAAUAAAACUUUUGUAUAAAACAUGA